AAGUUCGAGUAUUAGUGGGUUCACAACGGAUAUAUCAUUAUGAAAACGUCAAGAAAGAAGCGUCGGAAUCAAAGUCAGCAGAAAAUAUGCGAGUCAUCAACUCUUGACGCGAGGGUCCUACUCACCGACCUCUCACGGGACCGUCAUAUAAUGUCUGCUAAUGCAACGCCACUUCCCGCUAUGCCGGUGUCCAACGUACCGCCAGGAAAGUCAAUUAUUCUCGGUGCCACUGGUCACCUUGAGAAGGUACAGAACGUGCUCAAGAAAGACGACAUUCCGAUCUUGAACAGCACAUUGGUGAGAUGUGGACUGAGCUUGGGAAGACUCAGACCAGGCUGGCACGAUUGGAGAAAUCCUAUAAUAAGCUGGCACUACGAAUCGGGUGCACAGCUUUUGAGUCUCUCACUUGAUUGUGCAUGGGAAGGUGUGAGCAUUGGGGACUAGUUUCUUUUGCCUCCAUUUGCCAAUGUUGUCCGUCCAGUCCUGUGAUACCUAUAUCCCC